AUGUCGGACGUUUUGAAAAAAUUUAAUCUUUUUGAAUAUAAAGAGUUUGACAAUAUUAUAAAAAUUGAUGAGGGCGAAUUUGGAAACAUUUACAAAGCAUAUUGGAAGGACUGUGGACUUUUUGUCGCUCUUAAAGUGUUGAAAACUAACGGGAAUCGCGAGGUCAUUCAAGAG